GUUUCCGUGUAGAAGAAGCAGUCAGUCUGAGUCGCCCCAGUCUCUCCGGUCUCUCCGGUCAGAACAGAGAGGUGUCUCCGGCCCGCCGCCGCCACCUCCUCCGCCGUUAACACGCGACAAGUCCGGCCUGAAGACACCCUAACCCUGUCCCGCCGGGUCCCCCUUCACCACAAACCCUUACUUCCUCCCCCGGUGAUACCAGUUGUUUUCAGCCAUGGCGACGAGUGCGAAGCGAAAGCAGGAGGAGACUCAUCUGAAGAUGCUCCGGGAGAUGACGAGCCUGCCCGCCAAUAGGAAGUGCUUCGACUGCGACCAGCGCGGCCCGACCUAUGUCAACAUGACGGUGGGCUCCUUCGUCUGCACCACCUGCUCCGGGAUCCUGCGAGGACUGAACCCCCCACACAGAGUGAAGUCCAUCUCUAUGACCACAUUCACACAUCAGGAAAUUGAGUUCCUACAGAAACACAGCAACGAGGUCUGUAAACACAUCUGGUUGGGCCUCUAUGACGACAGGACAUUAGUUGUUCCAGAUUUCCGAGAACCACAGAAAGUAAAAGAGUUCCUUCAGGAAAAAUAUGAAAAGAAAAGAUGGUAUGUCCCUCCAGACCAAGCAAGGGCAGUAGCAAGUGUCCAGGCCUCUGUGUCUGGCUCCUCAGCCAGCAGCACUGGUAGUACCCCAGAAGUCCAACCCCUCAAGACCCUGCAGCUCAACAGGACCCCACUGCGCCAGUCUCCGGCUAUAGGUCGUUCCCAGGCUCACAGCGCUGCUCAGGAGAAGAAGUUUGACUUGCUCUCUGACCUGGGAGGAGACAUCUUUGCUGCUCCACCCACUCAAACUUCCAGCUCCACCAACUUUGCCAACUUUGCACAUUUUCCAAGCCAGUCAGCACCUCAGGGUAAUUCAGAUACCAACUUUGCCAACUUUGAGGCAUUUGGAAACACUACAAUUCCAUCCCAUCUGAGCACGUCACCCCCCUCAAAGUCCUUUUCAUCAGGAGGAGGUGUGCCAAUCCCAACCAUGUCUAGUGCCAUCCCCACCCAGUCCCAGACAGGGAGCCACAGACAGGACCGCUAUGCUGCUUUGGCUGAGUUGGACAGCGAGCUCAGCUCCUCUGUUACCUCAGGCAGCAGUGUGCCAGGGAACUUAUAUGGACCUGUGCUUGGUUCAUCGCCAGCCCAGAAUCCACCUGUGUUACCCAGCAUGCAGCCUGGCUUUGGAGCCACAAACCCCUUUGUUGCUGCAGUCGUUGGCCCGGAGAUGGCUACCAACCCUUUCCAGACCAAUGGCAGAGCUCCAGCUGCAGCCUCGUUUGGCACUGGCUCUAUGAGCAUGCCCGCCGGCUUUGGGAACGCGUCUUCCUACUGCCUCCCGACCAGUUUCAGCGGAAACUUCCAGCAGCAAUUCCCUGGCCAGGCUCCCAUCCCUUACUCUCAACCUGGGGCCUACCAUCCUCAGUCUAAUGGCCCUGCAUUCCCAGUCUACGGUCAGAACAAGCCUUCCAUGACGCCCUUUGGGCAGCCCAUGGCCGGCCCUGGCAUGUCCAAUAACCCGUUCAUGGCGGGAGCCCCAGCCGGGUCCUUCCCUUCGGGGGGUUCAACCAACCCUUUCCUGUAGCACAACUCCCAGUCCUUGCCACCAGAGGGCAGCAUGCAGCACAUAUUCAACGCAUCCGUUCCGUCAUGCAAUUAGUGGCAGUACAUUUUUUUUUAAAAAGACUUACGUUUUUUUUUGUUUUUCAUGAAAAAAGUUUACAACACUAUGAAGGAGUACAAAGGACUACAUUGAAGACUAAGGGACUGUUAUAGGGGGAAUGUACUGUUUGGGCUAUAUACAAUACUAUAUGCUUUUUAUUUUUUGUUUAUGACUGUAAGCUCUGUGCAUAUCAUCAUUUGUAAUCACAAUUAAGUACAUGUUAUGUAUAACAAGGAUUGAGUUAACAAGGGUGAGUAUACACAUACCUUGUGGAAAAAAAAACCCACUACAAACUAUCUACGUAGGUAAAGGUGUAGACUUUAAGAUUAUUAACAGGGUUCCAUCCAAAUCCAUGAUCUCUGGUUUUUAAAGCAACUGUGAUGAUGCAGGUAUUUCAGUUUUAAAAGGGAUUUUUAAUUUUUUUUAUUUUAGCAUAAUUGCGACUAUACUGGCACUAAGGUGCAAAAUGUCCUUUAUAACUUACAAGUUGCCUAUAACCCAAAGCAACCAAACCCACGUCUUUUUUAAAUUAGAAUAACAGUAAGCAGGUGGAUGGGAUACAGCACUGUUCCUGGACUAUUAGUCAUCCUUUUAUUAAUAUUGCCAAUAUCUGAGGAAAUAAAGGGUCGGGGCUUUUUUUCGUUCAAAACCAAGGGCAGCUUGUUGAAUAUGAGGUCAACAUAGACUUGAGAUGUUUUAGCCCACUAGGUAAAGGGACAGGCUUGUCUGCUAGUGCACAAAUGAAGGAAAGAAGUGCAGGCUUUAAGAUGAGUAUGUCCUGUUACCCUGUCUUAAUCUAUAAAUAUUGGUAAAAUGGUUAAAUGUACUCUAAGUAACCUCUCUCCUGCUUUCAGAUAUUCGCUAUAUUUUAUGAAUACGGUAAAGGCAAAUAGAAAGACUGUUAAGAAAGCUUCAGGGUUGUGGGGGUGACCCAAAUUGGGUUGCGUCAAAACAAGUCAAGUGGUUAUUCACAUGGCUGCGGGUGAUUUUUCCUCUUGACAGGGAAUGACAGGUUUACCAGACCCUGCCGAGACGAAAACAUUUUUAAACAAAAAUAUUUAUGAACUGUUAUGUUGUAUUCACUACACUCCCUUGACAUCUGCCUUCUUCUUUGCCUUCUGCUUUUAAAAGCCUUUGGAGUGAAGAACAGGAUGAGGAGAAACACGGAUCUCCCUUUUAGUUUGCUUUGAAUUAAGGCAAGGGAAAAGAGCAGAUUAAUUAAGGGAUUAUUACAUUACAGGAUCAGCCUGAGACUGAACUAGUCUCUCAAUUGUGCCACCGAUGACUAACAAUGAAUUUGACUAUGUGUUUUCUUGUCUUUUCAAGAAUAGGUAAGUAAAAUGUGUACAUAUAUAAAUAUAUGUAUAAAUAAAUUAAAAGAUUUUUAACUACAA